GAAGGUCGGUAAACAAUGGCUGACUGGUCAGUGGCCAAUACUAUCAGUCGCAGUUCAACACUGAUUAAGUGCACUUGCUCGGAUAUGAACGAAAAGCGCCCCGCAGGAUAUGUGGAGUUUGGAGAGUUUAGGACGGAGCGGCCUGGCAUCAAGAAGGUGGGCACCUUCGCUGGAGUCUUCUGCCCAGUCGUGCUGUCCAUGUUCAGCGCCCUGGUCUUCAUACGAAUGGGGUAUUUGGUGGGCAAUGCGGGUCUGUUGGUGACCCUCGGCCAGUUUGGGCUGGCCUACCUGAUUGUCAUAUUCACGGUGACGUCAAUCUGCGCGAUAUCUACCAACGGCGCCGUUGAGGGUGGGGGCGUCUACUUUAUGAUCAGCAGAACGUUAGGACCUGAGUUCGGAGGCGCGGUGGGGACAUUGUUCUUCUUCGCUAAUGUGGUGUCCAGCGCCCUCUGCAUAUCGGCGUGUACUGAAGCUCUAGUCGAAAAUUUUGGAGAAAAUGGUUACUUGGUUGGAGCCAAUACGGGUAUUCCAGACGGCUGGUGGUACCGCUUCAUGUAUCGAUCGUGCCUGAAUGCCGUCGGCCUUGGAGUGUCCCUGGCUGGAGCCUCACUCUUCGCCCGCACCAGUUUAGCUAUCUGGAUGAGCAUGGUCAUCUGUCUGGGCAGUGCUUUCCUCAGCUUCUUUGUGACCCCUAUGGCCACGAUCCCGAAACCCGACACCAAUCACCUAGUGAACACCACAGGGUUUAACUACACCGGCCUAAGCUCCGCCACGCUGUAUGACAACCUGUACCCCGCCUACGGACGGGACUAUACGACCACUGACGGACAGAUGGUGGACUUCGCGUCCGUCUUCGGGGUGCUAUUCACCGGGGUCACUGGGGUUAUGGCGGGGGCUAAUAUGAGCGGUGAGCUGAAGAAUCCAUCCCGCAGUAUUCCCUUCGGCACCCUGGCGGCUUUACUGUUCACAUUCAUCUCGUACAUCGCGCUGAGCCUGCUGACUGCAGCCACGUGCACCCGGGACCUGCUCAUCAAUAACUACGUGUAUCUUCUGCCCAUCAACAUCUGGCCACCUUUUAUUGCUGUGGGUAUGCUAAUGGCCACAUUCUCCGCUGGGCUCUCGAAUUUAAUUGGCGCUUCUAGAGUAUUGGAGGCGUUAGCGAAAGAUAACAUUUAUGGUUUCCUCCUCCGACCCAUGGUCUCCAGAUCCGGUAACCCUGUGAUAGCAGUCCUGACCUCAUGGCUCCUGGUUCAGAUCGGCAUCAUGGCAGACUCUUUGAACGCCAUAGCCCAAGUCAACUCCGUACUUUUCAUGACUAGCUACUUCGCUAUCAAUUUGGCGUGUCUCGGACUUGAUCUGGCUUCUGCUCCUAAUUUUAGGCCAACAUUCAAACAAUUCUCUUGGAUGACGUCACUGCUCGGGCUCCUCGGGUGUGCGGGUUUGAUGUUCGGGUUGCGCGCACUGUACUCGUGCGGGGCAGCCCUGGCGUGUGGCUCGCUGGUGGUAGCCCUGCAUCUGUUCUCCCCAGCUGCGGCUGAUCCUACCUGGGGGUCGCUUAGCCAGGCUCUUAUUUUCCAUCAGGUCCGCAAAUACCUGCUCCUCCUGGACCCUCGACGAGAACACGUCAAGUUCUGGCGUCCACAGAUGUUGUUGCUGAUCGCGUCUCCACGCCAGGCAGCACCUCUUAUAGACUUCGUUAAUGAUCAGAAAAAGGGUGGUCUAUUCGUGGUGGGCCACGUAAGGGUGGGGGAGUUGGACGGCUCCGGAGACCCCCUGGCCGCUGAGCACAAAUACUGGCUGAAGCUGAUCGACCAUCUCAAGGUGAAAGCCUUCGUAGAGCUAAGUCUAUCGUCGUCGGUCCGGUCGGGCGCGGCGCAGCUGGCGCGGCUGGCCGGGCUCGGCGCCAUGAAGCCCGACACCGUACUGCUGGGCUUCAGGGACACCGCGCCACCCAUCGACUUCUUUAGAGACCCCCUCUCCCCCUACAAGACGGAUAUCUUCGACCUGGAGUCCGGCGAGACGAUAUUCCCGACGCGCAAGCCGACGGACGCGCGUCUGUCCGCGUCGGAGUACGUGCGCAUCGUGUCCGACGUACUGUGCGUCAACAAGAACAUAUGUCUGUGUCGACACUUCCAUAAACUCGAUAUGGCUAAGGUUGAGCGCAAGUCCCCGUCGCUGAAGUACAUCGACGUGUGGCUGGUAGAGCUGCGCGCUGCGAGCUGCGAGGAGGCGUUCACGGUGCGCGGGCUGUUCGCGCUGCAGCUGGCCGCCGUGGUCCGCUCCGCGCGCGGCUGGCAGCACCUGCGUCUGCGGCUGCACGCCGUGUCGCUGCCCGCGCCGCCGCCCAUCACUAUACAUGAGGCGGGUCGUACAGUGACGGUGGGCGAGCGGUCUGCGCUGGAGUCGCUGGCGGCCGGCCGACCGCUCGAGGAGCGACUCGACAAACUGCUCAAACUGCUCCGGAUCAACGCUACCAUACAUAUUGUGUCGGAGUGGCCUAAAUUGGACGAGUACAACCGAUACUACGGCGAGGAAGAGGACAGCAUGUACGAACGUGUGCCCGUUAGCUACUUGCAAAUGGUAAACAAUAUAAUAAAGCAGCGUAGUUCGGAAGCGACCGCGGUCACGUUCGUCCAACUGCCCGCGCCGCCCAAGCUGUCCAACACUGCUGCCGACGACAAUAUCUGCGAGCAAUACUUGAAGGUGCUAGACGAGUUCACGAAGGACCUGCCCCCCACAAUCCUCGUCCGGGGUUUGAAGUCCGUCACCUCCACCGCGCUAUAACCAGGAAGUACCUGACUCUAUGCUACUUAGAUCUCUUAGGGCUGAUUUUUGAAUAGUAAUUUUAAUUCUAUUUGACAAUUCUUCCAUACGAAUAGAAAAUAUCUGUUGAUUGAAAAGCAGCCUUAACGUAAUUAAUGUCGCAGAUGAAUUAGCCUUCUAAAAUAUCUAGAAUUUGACUAUAUUUGUAAGAUAGUGAGCAUAACAUUAAUGACUCGUUAGUACUGUAAUUUUAUGUAAUGACUAUUGUGAAACAGCAUCAAUUGAAAUAUACACCCUAUAUUGACUAUUCGAGGAAUGCUCAACUGGUUUCAAGUCGUACCGGGACUCAUAUUUAUGAGCAUAACGCGACGUCAGUUUGCGUAAGUAAGAUGUAUAUUUCAAUUAAUAUUGUUUGUGUGUUUGUAUGUAUUGUUGACUAAAUAACAUUUCUAGUUUUUUUUAGUUAGGCUAAUUAAACUGCGACAUGCGAUAAUGGACCAAUUUCUAGAAAACUAGACAUACUCAGUGUUUUAGGUAAAUAUACAUAAGGAUAUGUGCGUAGCUUGAUAAUCAUGAUGACGGUUUGAAAAUUAAUAUCGUCUUUGUAAUAAUAGCAACAAGAGUGAUUUUUGAAUAUCUUUAAAACAUUUCUUCACUAGAUGGCACUAGUGUGAAUCUCUCGAUCUUCGUCUAAUAAGGAACGAGCUAGUGUCAAACCAUUGGACGUUCAAUAUUUGACAGCUACAGUGAUUGGACCAAAAAUCCUCUUGUAACAUUUGCGCCAUCUCUUGAGCGAAAUGGGGUAACUUUUUCUGUGUUGAAGCACUUACAUGCUUUUGAUUUUAUGCUCACUAGAUGCUAGUGUCAUCUGGCGUGAGUUCCUUUUAGUCUAAGCAGCUUCACAAGUUGACUGUCUUUAAAUUAAUUAUUAUGCUAUCGGCUUACUCACGUAUGUGUUUGUCGAGGAACUCGACUAGUUCAUGAGGCCGCGCAAGACGCGGCGAUAAGACCGUGUGUCGCGGAAUGCUGCUCAUGAAUAUGAGCCUCUAGCAUGGCUUGAAACUAGUCGAGUUCCUCGUCGAACAAUUACGUGAAUAAGCCGAUAACAUAAUAAUUAAUUUAGUAUGUCUCACGACAGUUAUAAUAAAAUUAUAUUCAUUGUUAUUGUAUUAUAUUUUAGUGUAUAACAUAAAAAAAAAAUAGUUUCAUGAGGUCAAUUUAAUAUUAAUUUUCAAAUCGUCACCAUGCAUUCGUUUCUUUGAGCUGUUGCAUCGUCCGCCCAUAGAUUAAGACACCACACACGUUCGCUUUACUACAAAUAUCUCAUUUUACAACAAACGCAGUAUACUCCAAGUAAAAACAAA